AAUACUAAAAUUGGAGACCUCUCAUUUAUCUGUGAUUAUCUUUCUUUACAUAUUUUGUGCCUUAUACUGAAUAAUAAAGAGUCAAAUUUGGGUAUUUCUGUUCUAAGCUAUAUUGAAAUUUAGUAUCGAUGAUGAAAACUAUUGAAAAUGGUUUCAGUAAAUUAGAAAUUAAGCAAUUUCCUAAUCGUUUACAGUUAGCGGCCAUUUUGAUAUUCAACACAAGAAUUGUGUGUGAUUCUACAUAGUAGUGGUGUACUGUAGAUUCAUUUACAAGAAAAGAACUGUCGUUCUUUUUAACAUUAGUAUAGCGAAUAAUGGAUAAAAUACAACGACAUUUGAAAGAAAAAAAAGAAGGAAAAAUUACUCCCAACGUUUCGGCGGAAUGCGUAAGAGUAACAGGCGAAUCCAAUGGUAUAACCGCGAUCACCGACGACGCCGCUAAUGUUCUCGCUGAAGACGUCACAUUUAGGUUGAAACAACUAAUUCAGGAAGCAGAGAAAUUUGCCAGACACAGCAAACGACAAAAGAUUGAUACUUCUGAUUUCACCGAAGCUCUCAUCAAUUUUAACGUUGAGCCCUUAUAUGGCUUCCAUAGUCAAGAUUUUAUCCCAUUUCGUUUUGCUUCUGGAGGAGGACGUGAAUUACACUUCGUUGAAGAAAAAGAGGUUGAGUUAUCCGAAAUUACCUCGCAAAAUAUCUCAGGAAAAACACCUCUAGAUGUUUGUGUGAAAGCUCACUGGUUGGCCAUAGAAGGUGUUCAGCCGUCGAUUCCAGAGAAUCCUCCACCUGUGGAUAAAGAAACUCAAAAGCAGGAAAGCGUUGACCCAUCAACAAACAAUAAACAAACCAUGGUGGAUAAACCACCAGCAGAUGUAACUAAAAUGAGAAGACGUGCCUUGAGAGUAACAGAAACCGUUCACAUGAAAGAAUGUGUACAACACGAACUAUCUGUUGAACAACAACUUUAUUAUAAGGAAAUUACAGAAGCUUGUGUAGGAUCCGACGAAAAUCGAAGAACAGAGGCUCUAAAUAGUUUAUCUGUUGACACUGGUUUACAUCAAAUGUUGCCAAGAUUCUGUAAUUUCAUUUCCGAGGGUGUCAAAGUAAACGUAUGUCAAAAAAAUUUAGCCUUGUUAAUUUACCUUAUGCGAAUGGUCAAAUCUUUGUUAGAAAAUCCAACUUUAUAUUUGCAAAACUAUCUUCAUCAAAUUGUUCCUGCGGUUGCUACUUGCAUAGUCAGUAAACAAUUAUGUUUGCGGCCUGAUGUUGAUAAUCAUUGGGCCUUGAGAGAUUUUGCAUCAAGGCUUAUGGGCACAUUAUGCAAACAAUUUAGUACUAAUACAAACGGAAUUCAAACUCGCGUCACCCGUUUGCUUACAUCCGCUCUAUUAGAUAAAACCACACCGCUUGCGUCUCAUUAUGGAGCUCUUACAGCUCUUGGGGAGCUUGGACCAGAAGUAGUGGAGACCUUUGUAAUACCCUUGGUUCACGAUGAAGGACAAAGAGUUAAAUCUGUUCUCGACAAUUCAGUUACAAUGGCAAAUGCAUUUAAUACUACCGAGAAAAAUUCAGCUGAUAGGGUCAAAACUGCUAUUUUAAAAAUUAUUCCUCCUAUUCUAAAGAAUAUUAGACCAGAGACUGACAAACAGGAGGACUACGUAAAUGAAUAUGGAUACUAUGGCUCAAUUUUAUUCAAUGCUGUCACCAAACUACGCGAAACACCAGUAACAACAGCAUCUAGUUCUAUUGGCAUAAUAAAAACUACGACCUCAUCAGUUUCCAACUGUAAAAAUCAAGUUCCAUUCCAAAUUCAAACAGUGUCGCAAACCAGACCAAAUCAGAAACUCUACAUUGUAGGCGGUUCAGGUUCAAGUACACCGUCCACCCCGACGACUCCAAAUGUCAGAGGACCAAAUCCAAAUAUGCAAAAGCUGAUUGUGGUGACAACCCCUAGUUCUUUACCAUAA